UCAGUGAUAAAACUGGCCCAGUCUCAGGCCCCACCUGGGAAUGAAGAGGAGUGGCCCCUCCACCCUGUGCGGGUGUUCUCCUAUUGCAAAACAUACAAGAAGGCCAAAAGGAAGGCCACCGAGGGGCUGGAGAACUCGUGCUUGGAAAGCACAGAUGUCGGGGAGCCCGAUGAUGGAGCCACUGGGAGAGACAACACGGCCGACGCUCCUGUGCGUCUCUCAGUGCCCAUUCCACCUACUGGCCUGGGAGGUGCCUGUGCAAGGGCCCCUCCCAAGCGCAGGGCCCCAGACCCUCCAUCCAGUAAGGGGUGGUCCAAAGAAAAUCGGGCUCCUACAUCUCUGCAACGACAAGCUCUACAAGUUGAGGCCACUGAUAGAUGGGCUGAAUAGGCAGUUUCAACUAGCCUAUGGUCCGAGACGAGAGGACUGCGUCGACGAAUCCAUCAUACUCUUCAAAGGAAGGUCAUCAAUGAAGCAGUAUAACCUCAUGAAACCGAUCAAACGCGGCUACAAGAUUUGGUGCUUGGGAGACAUGUCGGGCUUCAUCCAGACCUUCCAGGUGUAUCAAGGAAAGCAAGUAGAAACAUCUGAACUUCAGUCUGAAUUUGGGUUGGGGGGACGUGUGGUUCUUGACCUUUCUUCAUCGAUCCUAGGAAAGGGCUACACGCUUUUUUUCGACAACUACUUCUCCUCCGUGCCACUGAUGGCGAAGUUGAAAAUGGAAAAAACAUGUGCCUGUGCCACAAUACAGAGCAACCGAAGGCAGCUUCCAGAACUUCGCUUUGACAAGAGCUUGACACGGGGAAAGUAUGACUUCAAAACGACCGAGGAAGGAAUAACUCUCUUCAAAUGGAAAGAUAACAAGGUAGUCUACAUUAUUUCGAACUACCAUGGCUGUGAAGUGGGAACUGUAGAAAGAAUGGAGCGAGACGGCACAAAAAUAACGGUCUCGUGCCCGACUGCGCUCUCGGACUACAACAUGUUCAUGGGAGGUAUUGACAAGGCGGACAUGCUACGGAGUAUAUUUGGAACCGACAGAAAAUCGAAGAAAGGGUGGCACCGUUUGUUUUUUGGUUUCCUGGACAUAUGUCUUGUAAACAGCUAUGUCGCCUACUGUGAGUUCAACGAAAAGAUCCCCUACCUGGACUGCGCUCCGUUGUGA